AUGACCACUCAAGCCGCUCGCCGCUCACACCUAGACAUUGACUGUGACACUGUCAUGGACAGUCACUACACGGAGAUUUUCAGCGCUGCCGCCGAUCGCUUCAAGUGGAUCGAACAAUUACUGGAAGAAUACUACCAGCUGCAAUCCCCACCUCACCCCGACUCGGAUCUCGCCAAUGCUCGCCAAUUCUUUCACAAUACACUGCGUCAGGCAAAAGAGUCACUGGAUCUUCUCUUCCACGGCGAGAUCACCGAUGAGGAGCUCGCGGAUCUGACGUACAUGCUGGAGUCUGCAUCCAGCCUGCAUACUGCUCGGAGUCGUUUCCUAUCGCACGACGAAUACUGCAUUUCGGAGAUCUUCCGGAAUGUCUGCCAGGCCGUCCAAGACGAGCUUGUCACCCUUCACACCUGGGUCGAGAACGUGUCGGCUCAUUUGACUGGCCAAGUCGAUUUUGACGAUUGCGUGUCUUGUAUCGCCGAGGGGCAGACUUGCUUUCAGACUCUUAUCGAGCAGGCAGCACGCCUUGAUCUAGCGAUCCUCUCGGCCAACGCAAUCUCGGAGGCGGAUAUGGGCGACAACACGGAGAAGCACCGGCUCUUGAGGAUCGUACAGGCACAGGCUGAGCGCACCCUCGAGGAUAGGGAUAUGAUUGAAGGACUGAUCAGCUUCAGAGGUUCCACAAGUCAGGAUGGGUACGAGUCGGACGUCAGUAUGGAGGAGGGUGAAUGGUGA